AUGCUAGGCAACCCCGCUAAACCUCUCGACUCAUCCAGCUACCUCCAACCUCUACGAACUUUUUCAACCACUUCUAUUAAACCUCAGCAAACCUACCUCGAAACUACCACUAUCAUGCCACCUAAGCGAGGAGGUGGAGAAGGCUCCAAAAAGGCCCAAGGCCAGGCCCGCAAGGCCGAUGCAGCAGCGCAAAAGCAAGCGCAGAAGGAUCGGGAAGCCGAGUCCGCCGAGUCAAAGAAAUGGGAUCAAGGCAGCAAGUCAAACUCCAAAGCUGAAGCAGCCGCAGCAAAGAAGGAGGAAGCCGCACGUAAGAAGGCUGAAAAAGAUGCGCUCUUGCGAGAAGAGGAAGCUUCGCAGCCCUCGAAGCCCAAAGGAGCCGGCGCAAAGAAGGCCGAAAAGAAGCCCCGAGGUGGAGGAAUCGAUGGAGCACUUGGCUCGCUCAACGCCACCGGCAUCGACAACGCGCUCGAUGCCAUGAGUCUGACUGGCAGCAACAACGACAAGAUCGACCGUCACCCGGAGCGGCGUGUCAAGGCCGCCUACGCCGCAUUCGAGGAGCGUAGGCUGGAAGAGAUGAAGGACGACAAGGGCUUACGGCGACAGCAAAAGAUCGAUCAGAUCCGCAAGGAGUUCGACAAGCACCCUGACAACCCUCUCAACCAAGUAUCCGCGUCGUACAACAUGUCCAAAGAGGAGAUCGCGGCGAUCAAGGAGAGCGAGAGGGAGAAGAAGGAAAAGAGGCUUGUGGGGGGCUCAUAA